UUUCAGGUUAUAUGCCAUGUUGAGUAUGUUCAAUAUUCUCGUUAAAUUAUUAAUGUUUAUUAACGCAUAUCUGGAAGUCAGAAGCAACUUCCUGGCUGAUAACAAGACUAGAAUCAUAGGAGGUGAAGAAUGUGAUGAUGCAGAUUACAGUUUCAUGGUCUCUUUACGUGAAGAAGAGGAUAACCAUUCUUGUGGCGGUACACUGAUAAGCUCUUUAUGGGUUCUUUCUGCUGCGCAUUGUCAUAAUUUUAUGAAAUUUGCUUUGAUUGGCACGUGGAGUAGAAAGGAAUAUAGGGAAUUUGUUCUUGUUAAAGUCGCAAAAGUGAAAAUACAUCCAGAAUACAGCUCCUCAACUUUGGAAAACGACAUAGCUUUAGCUUUAUUAGAAGAACCUAUCAAAAACUCGAGUUUUGUUAAAAUACCCGAUAAAAUGUUAUACGGUGAUUUAAUUCGAUAUUGUUCGAUGGCUCUUGUGAUGGGUUGGGGUGUAACUAAUUAUUUGAGUGAUGAAAGUCCUACUAAACUGAACUGCGUCUAUUUAAGAGUGAUUCCAAUUUCCAAGUGUGAGGCUAAAUACCAACAUCCGUUCUCCUUCAAACAAACAUGCGCCUACAUGCACGGUAAAGAUUCUUGUAGGGGAGAUUCCGGAGGACCUCUCAUAUGUGGAGAUGUACAGUACGGAAUUGUGUCUUGGGGAAGGAAGUGUGCUGAAGACUACCCCGGCGUAUAUAUCAGAAUUGAUCAGUAUUUGAAUUUCAUACAAAAGACAAUGCGUGGCUGUGGACUUUCGAUCUCCUUUUCCUAUACAGUAUUGUUUUAUUUACUUAGUUUUACGAAAUUUUUUUGAUUAUGAAAUGCCUUCUGGCCAUAUUAUAGUUCCCAAAAAAUGUAUGAAUCUGAAAUGUAUAUCUAUAUUUGAGUUGUUGAAAGUUAUGAAAAAGGCUGAGAAUCAAAAAUAUAAAAGUUCUGACAUUGA